CCAUUAUGUAAUUGGCUAAAGCCCACGGAAAUACUCAGUUGGGUCUGGCUAUAAAGCCGACUUAGGGUUUUCAUUUUCUUCCAGCCCUAACACAGGUAAGUCGCCGCCGCUCGUCACCGUAAUUCUCUUUUCAGGGUAAAAUGACGACCAGGUUGAGGAAGAACCGCAAGAAGCGAGGCCACGUGAGCGCGGGACACGGCCGUAUCGGAAAACACCGAAAGCAUCCCGGAGGUAGAGGUAACGCCGGAGGUAUGCACCACCACCGGAUCCUGUUCGACAAGUACCAUCCCGGUUUCUUCGGUAAGGUCGGUAUGAGGUACUUCCACAGGCUCAGGAACAAGUUCUAUUGUCCGAUAGUCAACGUGGACAAGCUCUGGUCAAUGGUGCCGCAGGAGGUGAAGGAUAAGGCUUCAGCUGAUAAGGUGCCUGUGGUUGACGUCACGCAGCUUGGGUACUUUAAGGUGUUGGGGAAGGGGAUGGUGCCUCCGUCACAGCCGAUGGUGGUUAAGGCGAAGCUUAUUUCGAAGACUGCUGAGAAGAAGAUUAAGGAAGCUGGUGGUGCUGUUGUGCUUACUGCUUAGGUUUGGUUUAUAUUUUGCUUUUGUUGAACUGAAUUUUGAUUUAAGGUUUUUUUUAUAAUACAAUGGACGUUAUUUAUGAUUUUGUUUAUUGAUGUCGCUCGAUGUUUGGUUU